ACUUAAACUUCAAAGUAUUAUUUGCAAAAUUUCUGAAGACUGCUUCUAGACAGGCACCCUUAUCUUAAGUGCCAAACACGUGAAGCAAUUUAGUUUUAUUGCAAAGCAUUUGUAAAGAAAUACCACCUUCUGGUUGUGUAAAUCUUCUGGAAAUUCCUAUUCGUAAUGUAAACGUUUGAAUUAGUAUUUAAACCUGUUGAGGACCGAGCGGUUUCACCAUUCUUCAAACGCAUUUCAGUCGAAAAUGUUUCAAGCUCAAACGUUUUAUUUUUCCUUCGUGGUUUUCUUGGUCUUGGUAGCUGCCAGGCCGAAAUGGAGUUCGAAAGAAUCUAGGAAUCAGCGGAGAGAAGGAGAUUCUUCUGAAAAAAUUGUUUCUUCUCUAUCAUGGUUAUACACAAAAGAAUCUACCGCAUCACCUGAAAUUUCUGAGGUUACCACUGAAAAAUCCACCACUGAAAAAUCCACUUCUGAAGAAUCCAUCUCUGAAGAAUCGACCUCUGAAGAAUCUACCUCUGAAGAAUCCUCCUCUGAAGAAUCUUCCUCUGAAGAAUCCUCCUCUGAAGAACCAAGUAAGGAAGGAUCCUCGGAGUCCAAUUCGGAAUCCAAUGAAUCACUUGAGGAGUCUCAGGAGGAGUCGCAGGAGGAGUCGCUAGAGGAGUCGCAGGAGGAGCCGCAGGAGGAAUCGCAAGAGGAGUCUGAUGAGGUUUCUAUUGUGGAGUCUAAUGAGGAAUCUAAUCUGCAGUCCAGUGAGGAGUUCGAUGACGAGUUCAGUGACGAGACCUAGGAGAAGUCAAAUGGCUUGGGUUAUGUGGCGUAUACUGCACGGCCUCAUAGACAUACUCCUAAGCGCCCAUAUGAUGCCAUCGACUAUUAUAAAGAUGACUACAGCUUUCACACACUUUAGCCAUUUAUUUCCAGUCAAAAUGUGUUAAAAUCAUAUGUUAAAUAGAGUUAGAAAUUUGGAAGGGUAAAAAUGAGUUUCUUCUUUCUAUAUUGUCUUGUAGUAUUUGGUCUUCUGACCACUAUAGACACCUUCCCAAUACUCCGAUCUCCAAUAGAAAGGGCAUUGGCCACGGAACCGGACAUGGACUUCCCCGACAUUGAUUUCUGGCUUUACUUUCAGAAUAUUUAAUACUACCAGCCCGCUGCCUUUCGUCCUGUUUCGUCGCAUAUUUGGAACAGAAAUUUUAAUUAAAACAAACAAUAUGUUACCUAAA